CAAGCAUCAUCUUGGUGGAGCAACCAUGCCCCCUUUCUUUGUCCUCGCAUUCUUAACGGCACCUCACUAUGGAGGCUGCCCCCGCAGCAGCUCCAGCGAGUAACGCCACCGGUAGCCCCGGCCACGGCUGGCUCCGCACCUCCAAUAUCGCCUUGGCUACGGUGGGGAUCGCCGUGUGCACGCCGCUGCUGGUGAUGCGGAUCUACACUAAGAUUCGGAUUAUGAAGAAGUUCUGGUGGGAUGAUGUGUGUCUGAUCAUUGCCUGGGUCAUUUCGAUGGCAACGCAGGGGACUAUCAUCUAUGGAGUCGAGCACACGAAUAUCGGAGUGCACAUAUGGUUUCUAACCCCGGCGCAAAUCAACACGCAUCUCAAGGUCGUCACCUCCGCUGCAACAAUCUACAUCUCCAGCCUCGCCUUGGCCAAGAUCGCCCUCCUGAUGCUCUACCACCGCCUCCUCAACUUGAUCAGCAUCUGGAACUACAUCAUCUACGGCAUGGCCGUGUUCAUCGUCGCGUACAGCGUCGCGCUCACCUUGGCGCUGAUCUUCGCGUGCAAUCCGAUCGCCAAGAGCUGGGACGUCACCAUUCCGGGGGGUUCGUGUAUCAGUCGUCCGGGGAUCUACAUGGCCACGGCGGUGACGAAUACGCUCAGCGAUAUUGUGUUGAUUUUGAUUCCCCUGCCGGUGGUGUUUCAGUUGACUUUGCCGUUGGUGCAGAAGGUCGGGAUCUGUUGUAUGUUUUUUGUGGGGUGCUUGACGAUUGUUACGAGUAUUGUACGGUUGGCGACCUUGUGGCCGCUCGUCACGUCGACGGAUCCGACGUAUAAACUCGCGUUGGCGAGUGUGUUUAUUGUCAUCGAAGCCAACUUCAUCAUCAUCUGCGGCUGUCUGCCGUAUGUCCGGCAGUUCUUACGGUUCCACUGCCCCUGUUGGAUUGGCAUUCAUGCCUCUUGCGCCGGGAGCCAUAGUCGCGGGUCCUCGUCCGGGGAGACGCCUCCGCCGAAGCCGCGCAAGCCGGGGUUGAGUCAGUUGCAGGAUGAUAUCGGGAUGGCGUUGCAUGAGCCCGGGCUGGAGUUGGAGGGAAGACGGUAUUAUUCGGCUGUUUAGGGUUUUGGAGGUUAUACCCUUGUUGCCUUGUGCCUUGUUUAUUGGGUCUGUCUGACUUGACUGUGUACAAUAUACCAGUGUUGUGUUAUAG